UUAGUGUGGUCUGGAGGGAAAUGGGGAUAUACCUUUUCAGAGAUAAUUCCGGAGAGUCCUUCAUUUCCUUAUAAUUAAAAGGUCACACUUGAAGACAGAAAACAAAAGACAAUUUUUAAAUGUCAACUGCAACAACAGCAUGAAGUCCAAUUUAAUUUCUUGAAGUGGUAAUGACAUACAGAGGUAAAAUCAAAGGGUGCACCCAAGACAGUUUGCAGCGCAUACUGGGAAAAACAACAAUUUACAUUUUAAGAACAGUUCAAAUUGCAUUAAAAGUAUUAUGCAAAUAUGUGCUUAUUGUAUUGUAUAUAGGUUAAACAUGAUACAUUCUCUAACAGUUGAGCUACAGAGCUCCUGCAUUUCAACCAUUAGAGACCGAGAAAGGAUGAUAGUAACAACAUGAGUUCCCAGGAAAUGCAUACAUUUUAUUAGUCAAUAGAUUGAAUGCACUGCGUGUUGAUUUCAAUAAAAGCAUCUGCCAACUGAAUGAAUGUAAAUGCAUGUUGAUGUUUCUUCCAACAAAUACUUUUAAAGCACACCAGAUAUAGGUUUAUUUAUAUCAAACAUGAUUUCUCUGGAUUGCUCACCAUUAGCAUGAAAACCCCACAGUCUUGAUUACUGAUGCAGUCACUGUUGCACUGUGGUUGAUGGUGUGUCUCUGACUGCUGGUCUGGGCACUGUUGCACUGGUGGUUGAUGGUGUGUCUCUGACCACUGGUGUGGGCAAUGUUGGUUGAUGGUGUGUCUCAGACCACUGGUCUGGGCACUGUUGCACUGGUGGUUGAUGGUGUGUCUCUGACCACUGGCGUGGGCACUGUUGCACUGGUGGUUGAUGGCGUGCCUCUGACCACUGGCAUGGGCACUGUUGCACUGGUGGUUGAUGGUGUGUCUCUGACUGCUGGUGUGGGCACUGUUUCAAUGGUGGUUGGUGUCACUUUGGCUGAAGUGGGAUGCUGUUUAUGUAUACAAAUGUGAAUGAUUUUCAAAAUAGUUUCUCCUUAACUGUAGUUGCUCAGUACAGAUGGAGGUAAUGGGGUGGUGCUCUACAGCCUAAGCCACAUUUGUGAAAAGUAAAGUAAAGUAAAUAUAAAUAUGUGUGCUGCAUACAAUGACAAACAACUCAAGAUGUUUGUAUCUCUAUUGACAACUGCCUUGGAGUGGCUAUGGAGAUUCAGUUUUAAUUUGUCCAUUCUUGUCUUCUUAAACACACUUGUCAUGUAAAAGUUGCAGUGAAAAUCGCAGCAACAGGUUUUGCAUAUGUCUGUAAUAUGUCUCUACAAGGGGAAAAAUGCACCACACGCAGUGCUCAAUUUCGGGAACUUGGACCAAUGCAACAAGAGUAUUAGUAAGCUACCAUAAACUCACAAACCAUAGGCCUAAAUAAACAAAACAAAAGGGAACAAACCAUUUAUAUUCAGAAAUAUAUUCAUAUAUAUAUCUAUAUAAAAACUAAAGUGACUUAAUGGCAAUGCCAGUUUAAAAAACACCAUCUGAAGGGUAAUCAAAAUGUCACCAGAAAAAUAUUUGAUAUAAUAAAGCAUGACAAAUAAUUCAAGCUUCAAUAGGAAUAAAAAUAAACACACCUACAGAUUGAGUAGUAAGCAGAAAAAAACUAAAGAUUAAUAUAUAGAUUUAUUGUUCAACAAAUAAUUAUAGAUUUAUUAAGAUAUUACAAAGACAACAACUCACCGUUUUCUCCGCCAUGAUUGUUGUGUUGUAAUUAGCUCCAACCUAACUUCCACUAAACCGCUGUGACGUAUUGCACUGCAGAUAGAUAUAUAGUACGGUUAAAGUCUGAAAUUUACAUACACUUAGGUUAAAGUCAUUAAAAAAAUGUUUUAAACCACUCCACAGAUUUCAUAUUAGCAAACUAUAGUUUUGGCAAGUCGUUUAGGACAGCUACUUUUUGCAUGACAUGAGUAAUUUUUCCAACAAUUGUUUACAGACAGAUUGUUUCACUUUUAAUUGACUCACAAUUCCAGUGGGUCAGAAGUUUACACACACUAAGUUAACUGUGCCUCUAAGAAGCUUGUAAAAUUACAAAAAAUUAUGUGAAGCCUUUAGUAUGUAUUUUAAGGCCUACCUUCCAACUCGGUGCCUCUUUGCUUGACAUCAUGGGAAAAUCAAAUGAAAUCAGCCAAGACCUCUGACAUUUCUUUUUUCACAAGUCUGGUUCAUCCUUGGGAGCAAUUUCUAAAUGCCUGAAGGUACCAUGUUCAUAUGUAUAAACAAUAAUACGCAAGUAUAAACACCAUGGGACUACACAGCCUUCAUAACGCUCAUGAAGGAGACGCAUUCUGUCUCCUUGAGAUGAACGUAGUUUGGUGCGAAAAGAGCAAAUCAAUCCCAGAACAACAGCAAAGGACCUUGUGAAUAUGCUACAAGAAAAAGGUAGACAAGUGUCUAUAUCCACACAAGUCCUAUAUUGACAUAACAUGAAAGGCUGCUCCAAAAUUGCCAAAAAGACAUAUGGGGACAAAGAUCUUAAUUAUUGGAGAAAUGUCCUCAGGUCUGAUGAAACAAAUAUUUUACUGUCUGGCCAUAAUGACCAUUGUUAUGUUUGUAUGAAAAAGGUUUAGGCUUGCGAGCCGAAGAACAUCAUCCCAACUAUGAAGCAUGGGGGUGGCAGCAUCAUUUUGUGGGGGUGCUUUGCUGCAGGAGGGACUUGUGCACUUCACAAAAUAGAUGGCAUCUUAAGGAAAGAAAUUUAUGUGGAUGUAUUGAAGCAACAUCUCAAGAUAUCAGCCAGGAAGUUAAAGCUUGGUCGCAAAUGGGUCUUCCAUAUGGACAACGACCCCAAGCAUACCUCCAAAGUUGUGGCAAAAUGACUGAAGGAUAACAAAGUCAAGGUAUUGGAGCGUCCAUCACAAAUCCCUGACCUCAAUCCGAUAGAAAAUUUGUGGGCAGAACUGAAAAAGUGUGUGCAAGCAAGGAGGCCUACAAACCUUACUCCGUUACACAAGUUCUGUCUGGAGGAAUGGGCCAAAAUUCAAGCAACUUCUUGUGAGAAGCUUGUGGAAGGCUACACAAAAGGUUUGACCAAAUUUAAACAAUUUAAAGGCAAUGUUACCAAAUACUAACUAAGUGUAUGUAAACCUCUGACCCACUGUGAAUGUGAUGAAAGAAAGAAAUAAUUUUCUACGAUUAUUCUGGGAGCGCUCCAGGAACAGGGUUGGAACCACUGAUGUAGACAAUUUAUAUUUAACUGUUUGGGACACUUGAUGGUAUUUGGCAUGAAAUUAUUAAUAUUUUUUGACAGAUAUGAUAUAGAAAGUAGUUUAUGAUAUAGUUAACUCAAGCAUAUAGUUUCCCUGGAAUGGUGUGUAUUAACGUAGUUUUAAGAAAGUGUUUUAUUGUUGCUUUCAGUUUUAAAAUUAUUCUCUGUAUCUGAAAUUAUAUCUUUUAUAUUUACAUUUUUAGGUCUUUUAGAUUUAUAAUUUUUUUAUUUUUAUUUGUGUAAAUUUUUGGUAUGUUUUAUGUAGUGAUGGUGCAAGUAAUACUGCAUUUUGUAUAUAGAAAUUUUAUUUUUUAUUGCUCAGAUUUUUCUGCUUGUUUCCAACAGAGCAUCACUCUUCAUUUUUAUUUUGCUGCCUGUCUCCAGUGUCAUUUUUUUUUUUUUGGGCUGAAUGCUGCAGGCAUUGGCCCCGAUUAGCAGGGUAGUUGUGAGGAUUUGGCGAGUUGGAGCUCAAAUAAUCCCAAUGGCUCAGAACUGCAAUGCUUUCUCCACGGAGAAUGGUGGCACUGUCACAGCUGCAGUUCUCAUCAUAGGAGAUGAGAUCCUCAAGGGCCACACUGUUGACACGAACAGUGCCUUCCUGUGCCGCGGACUCCGCAAGCUUGGCGUCACCAUACAGCGCAUCACUGUGGUACCUGAAAUCCAAGAAGUGAUCGCUAAAGAAGUGGCCCAGCUUUCCUCCUCCGUUACUCAUCUCAUCACAUCUGGUGGCGUUGGCCCCACCCACGAUGAUGUCACUUUUGAGAGUGUUGCCAUGGAAUUUGGCGAAGGCCUGCAUGCCCACCCAGAACUGACAAGGCUAGUGGAGGAGUUCUUUGGUGUGGUCGAUCCCAACAGUGCCACUUUGAAGCUUGCUAUGGUCCCUGUUUCUGCCAAACUCAAUUUUGGCACAGACCGUCAGACAGGCCAGCAAAAUCGCUACCCUUUAGUCAGUGUCCACAACGUAUACAUGUUCCCUGGCAUCCCCUCUCUGCUGGAACGGUCCUUUAAUGGACUUGUCCAUUUGUUUUCAGGUUCUGGUACCACCUUUCACACCCGUGAAGUGUUUGUGGAUGCAGAUGAGACAGAGAUAGCCCCGGUUCUGACAAAGCUCCAGGCGGGUUGGGGCAAGCGAAUCUCUCUGGGCUCUUACCCAGACUGGCUGAGCAAUUACCAUCGUGUCCGAUUGGUUCUGGAUACAGGCUGUACAGAGGAGGUGGAACAGGCACAAGCUCAGCUAACAGAAGAACUACCUAAAGGGAGUAUGGUACCUCUCAUCCUUGACCCAGUCUCAAUCGCCACUGAAGAGGUAUACUCGCUCUCAAACACUGGUUCACCACUGGGGCAAAAAGUAGGAACAGCUUUGAGGACCAUUGAGACGGCACUGGAACAGUAUUCAGCUAAUCAAAUCUGUGUUGGCUUUAACGGUGGCAAGGACUGCACAGCUCUACUGCAUUUGUAUUAUGCUGCUCUAAAAAGGCGUUAUCCAGAUGGCAAAGACAGAGUAAAAGCUUUGUACAUUCGAAUUCUCUCUCCUUUUCCUGAAAUGGAGAGAUUCUUGCAGGAUACAAUUAAUAGAUAUGACCUUGACCUGUUCUCAGUGGAGGGCAGUAUUCAGCAGGCACUGAGUGAGGUGCAGGAGAGGAGGCCGGAGUUACUGGCUGUUCUGAUGGGAACAAGACGAACCGACCCUUAUUCACACAUGCUGACACCCCUCUGUCCCACAGACCCGGGCUGGCCUGAUUACAUGAGGGUCAACCCUCUACUGAACUGGACUUAUCAUGAUAUCUGGUCAUUCCUGAGAACACUGUAUGUGCCAUACUGUAUUCUGUAUGAUAAAGGAUACACUUCUUUGGGCAGUAUGGAUAACACUUGCAGGAAUCCUUCUCUUAAAGUGAUGGAUGGGAGAGCUGUGACCCGCUACAGACCCGCAUACCAGCUGGAAAAUGAGGAGGAGGAACGCAACUCUAGGGCGUGAUGUCAUCAGUGGCUCCUUUAAAAAAAUUUCAUUGGGCACAAUGGAUGGUAGAGGUGUAAUUGAGAACAUUUUGAAGAAGGAAGAUAAUCUCGAUGAAAACACAGAGAUCGUGAGGAUGUAAAUAGUUUGUGGACUAGAGAGUUUGCGUGACUACGAAAGUUUGAGUGAGUGUGUUGGAAAGUGGGAAAUGUCAUUGAAGGAUUUAUAUAAAAAACAGUAUCAUGGUGUCCUGUUCUUUUUAAACCUGUUAAAAUGAUUUGAUAAUUUCUUUGGAAACCACUGUGAUUUUGUGUGUAUGUGGGCAUGUGUUUCUCAGAGAGAGAGAGAGCGUGUGAGUGUAACUCUUCCCUUGUGGCUACUUACUCUGUUCUCUUUAUUGGAGCAGCACAACUUAAAACUCCAACUCCAGUCAUUUGAAAAUUGAGUAUUGCUUGAGAUCACACACAAACAUUCAUCGAAAGAUUGUCAAAUUAGAAUAAACAUAUGAUCGAAGAUCUCCACCCACUAACAUGCUGCGUCCCGUGAAAUGUAAUGACGGUUUCUGACCUCACGGGUGCGCUGUAGUCACGUUGUAAUUAGGAUAGUGACUACAGCAAAGUUCUCUAUCUAAGCUCCAUAGAUUUAACACAGGAGUAUCGAUCUUCUUUUCCUGUCUAGAAAUCAGAGGUGUGGCAACGACAAUCGAUGUUGGGCAUUGAAAUAAAGCGACUCGCUUACGGACGCACGGAAUGUCACACUUCCGAUUACCAGCAGCUCUAUCAUUAUCUUUAUAAUUCACCCAUUACAAUGGUAACGACUUAAAAGAAAGUCUAACCUGCUAUUUUAGGUGUGUUUGGGCUUGGAGCAUCCUUGGACCACUUUUCAGAGAUUUAUUUUAUUUAUCAAAAUAUCCAUUAAAACUAUUUUACUACAAAUUUAAAAGGAACAUUGAAUCCGUUUAUUUGCCAUUGCAGAGAUACAGUAGAAUUAGCAUUGUUUGCUAGCGCAAGACCAGCAAUAACGGCACGAUGCAACACAACAGUGCAAACAUAAAGGAAACAAUAAUAAAGCAGUGGGGGUAAUGGA